AUGGAAAGAGGAGGAGGAAAUGAGAACGGUGACAUAAAUUUUGUGGGGUUUGGCGGUGGUCGAUGGAAGCGGGUGAUGGAGCUAAGGCGAUGCUGCCGUGGGGAGAGAGGGCGGCGAGAGAGGGAGAGGAGGAGAGAGAAGAGAUUAGAAUCGCGGGCUGAAGCCGUGGAAUCAACAUUGAUCAGGAAGGCUGCCUACAUCAUACCUCUUGAGUUGCGGCCCUUCCCCGUACCCUACGUGAACGCAGAAUAUUUCGUGUAUCGGGUUGCCCUAAGUGAGAUGGAAUCUAUAUAUGUCUGCGCGAGAGCAGAACUCAAAAUUGUGAGAUUUCAUAAGGCAAGGGCCUCAACGGUGACUGGUGGUGGAAUGGAGAGGUCCAAGGCGGAACUAGGGGGCAGAGGCAGUGACAAGAGACUGUUCAAAUUAGCCAAGGUUCGAGAAAGGAAGGCUCGGGACCUGGACCAAGUGAGGUGCAUCAAAGACGAGGAUGACAAGGGUUCAUCUCUUAGCCCAUUUUUAUUUGCCCUGGCGAUGGACGUGCCACAUUCAUGGGAGGUGUCCUGGUGUAUAUUAUUUACAGAUGACAUAGUGUUUAUCGAUGAGACGCACUGCGGGGUUAACGAUCGGUUGGAGCUGUGGAGGCAGACCCUGGAGUCUAAAGGUUUUAAGUUGAGUAGGACAAAAACUGAUUACUUAGGGUGCAAGUUCAGUGUGGGGACUCAUGAAGCAGAAGUGGAGGUGAAACUUGAUACACAAGUCAUCCCCAAGAGAGAUAGUUUCAAAUAUCUUGGAUCUGUUAUUCAGGGGAACGAGGAGAUUGACGAGGAUGUUACGCAUCGUGUUGGAGCGGGGUGGAUGAAAUGGAGGCUUGCGUCUGGUGUUUUGUAUGAUAGGAAUGUGCCACGAAGACUUAAGGGCAAGUUCUACAAAGUGGUAGUGAGGUCGACUAUGUUGUACGGAGCCGAGUGA